AUGGCGGAACCCGUCCAGGAGGGCAGGUCGCUGGACAUCGGCCCCGGGCCACGCUCUCCCACCUCAGAAGAUGAUGAGGCUUCUCGGCGAAUGUCACAAUCGUCCUUUGCGAAGAGAUGGGAUCAAAUUGCAGGACAAAUAGGAGAAGAUGUACAUGUUUUCCCGUCUCAUCCUGGGCAACUCGCCGUACACACAGUCCCCACCAGACCCGAAUCCACAGAUACCUUCCACGAGGCACAACUGGCGUUCAAGGAUUUUGACGGUGUUCACUUCUCUCCCGAGACCGAAGAAUACGUCGAGUUGGGUGCGGAUGGCGAAGAGAUCCGUCGGAUAUCUGCCCGCACUUCGUCAGGCAGCCUCCUCGAUGUGGGCGCCCUCCUACGAAGCCCACCUCCCAAGGUGUCACUCGGCGCUCCGCCACCCGACGAGAACAUGGUCUAUUAUCCAGCACCAGUGCCACGGAUGUUGAAUUUGCCUAAGAGGCUUUCUCAACUCCCCGCGGCCACGGUGCAGGCUCGUCGGCGUACACAAUUGAUCACUGAUAACCACGUUGGUGCCCGACAGUCUGCAAUUUGGCCCUCGCAAACCAAUCUGAGCGAUUCGUCGCACGAACAAAUAGCUGGUGUGGAUCCUGUGGGGACAGGGGAAAAUCGCCGUAGCAUGUUGAACCAGCGCGUCAGCAUGGCCAAUCUUCCACCACAACUACGAGCCAGUGUCUACUUCGAGCAUGAGUCUAUUGGACAAGAAGUCGAGGUCAAGUCAGAGUCAGCUGUGGCCACCCUUGAUAGCAUUCUCAAUGCGUCCGCUACGGCGCCGGUCAACGCGUUCACAGAUCAUCCGUUUGCAGGCGAUGUUCGCAAAUCAGUCUAUGCUUCAGGCAACGUUGGACGGCGGCGCACAGUUUUACUUGAGCCUGCGACUGUGAAGAAAGACGAGACGAAGCGGAGAAGUAAUCUGGGCCUGAAUUUCCGUCGUAGUAGCACCAAUCUCGAUGGCGAGUUGGGUCGGCCGCAGAGCCGCUCAAGUCUUGCUGCGGAUAGGACGGUAACGCAGCGGCGGAGCACAUACAGCCUUGGAGAUGAGCUGGAGCGUGUUGCCGAGACAGAAUUCUCCGAUUCGGAACAUGUGAAUGAAGACGGAGAGGUCGACGCACAUGCCCGCCAUGGUCACCGUAAGACACUGAGCGCUGGGGAUCAGAUCUACCACAACUACAUUGAAGAGGAGGAAGAUGACGAGCAGGAAUUGGAAGAGGAACAAAGAGAGUACGUGGAAGAAGAGGAGGUCAUAUACGCCGCUCCAUCGACACUGCUCGCUGAACUUCAAGUACGAAAAGCUCAGCAAAAGUCCAGAAGCAGGACCGCUGCUACAGCCUUUCCAAAUGGCAUGCAUAGUACUUUGUUGCAGUUAGAUGCCGUCGAGGAGAUCAGCAAAAAGAAUCGUAAGAUCAAACGCGUCGAGCUUGCGUGGGAAGAUCCCGGAAUGCGGAACCACGACAUAGCAGCCAAGGAUGCUGAUGAUGAAGACGUCCCUCUCGGCAUGUUGUACAAACCCAAGAACAGCAAGAACAAAGCAGGCGAUGGUAAUGAUUGGCCAAGGCCUAUGGGAUUGAUGGAGAGACGUGAGUUGGAGGACAAUGAGCCGCUCAGCAGUCGAAGGAGUAGGCUGAGAGGCGAGUCUCCACCUCGGAAUCAACGUCGGGCGCAUCGUCAAAGCAUACAGGCACUCCAACAGCCAACGAUCUUGCUUCCCAAAGCAGAAGAGGAGGAGGAUCCGUCAGAAGCCAAUGAAACCCUUGGGCAGAGAGCAUGGCGCUUGAAGACCAAGGACAAAUUAGACACCGCCAUAUCUGACGUUGCACCGAAGACUGGAGCUCGACCUCUGAGCACAUUUUCCGAGGAUGUCCUUGGUCAAUUCGGAGGCCUCGACGUUGCGGAUGAGUCGACCAAAGAGGGUACGGCAAAUCCAUCAGGUUCGGCAGAGGCGCUGCCCCAGGAGGAAACAUUGGGCCAGCGCCGAGCCCGACUUCAACGGGAACGUGAAGCUUCUGGCGAAAUGGCCCGCCCUGCCACAGCAUCACCCUCGCGACCAGUUCUACGCUCGAAUAAUAGUCUGGCCGACCUGCUCUCCGCCAACCCCGUGGGAACGAGAAUGGCAAACAAACACGCCGAGCCCGUCCAGGGCACCCUCCUUCACGCCAAUGCACAAAUGCAGCUGAAACACAAACAAGACCUCUCGCAGCAAAACUUCCGCUCCUCUAGCAUGUUACACAACCACCCCUUGGUCAACGCCAACCAAUUCCCAACCCGCGACAUCAGCGGCGGCGGCCUCCUCGGGAACCACGCAAGUCGGCCCCGCAACGGCGGUUUCGCAGGCGGGAUGUACAACCACAGCGGCCAACCCAUGCCCCUAUCCGCCGUCUCCUCUCCCACCCUCGGCAUGAACAAUACAGGUUACUUUUCACCUCCGAUGGAAGCUAUGCACUUUUCGCCGCAACAGCAAACCCUCAUGAGUCCCGCCGCUUACUCGACCAUGCCGGCUGCGGCUAUGGUCGGAGCUUAUGGUUUUGGUGGCAUGCCGUAUGGGAGUCCCGUGGCGAUGGGCAUGCAGGGAAUGAUGCCGAUGGCAGCGCCGAUUGUGGAUCCGGCGUUGAAACCUGAUCAGAGGAAUGCUAUCGAUCGAUGGCGGAUGGGCAUCGACUCGUAG